GAUGGAGGCGGUGGCUCUCUUCUCCUUCGCAGCAUCAGAAGCAGACGAGAUCAGUUUUCAGAAAGGUGAUAUCGUCAAAGUGACAGAAAUGGAGGAUGAUUCCUGCUGGGUCACAGCAGAGAUCCAGGGGAAGCGUGGCUACGUGCCAGAGAACUACAUUUCCCUCCUUCCUUAUCCGUGGUUUGCAGGACGGGUGUCAAGACUCGAGGCUGAGAAGCGUCUUCAGUGGCAGGACACUGGAGUUUUCCUGGUGAGGGAGAGCGAAUCAGCUCCUGGAGAGUUUUCUGUCUCUGUUAGCUACGGUGAGAGGGUGGAGCAUUUCCGGGUGCUGGAGGGCAGCGGUCAGUACUGCAUCUGGGACGAGUCCUUUCGCUCCCUCAACCGGUUGGUGGAUUUCUACAGAACUCACAGCAUCGCCACGGAGAAAGUGGUCUUCCUCAGAGACCCUCCUGCAUCCCCCCACCUGCUGUCCCACCCUGAACGUAACCCGUACCCCAACCCUUAUAAGAGCAGCUCUCAGGAGUCCCUCCCCUCGGCCCGCCUCUACUCUCAGCCCCCUCCCCCAGAGAGAGAGACCUCCCGUCGUCUGCCUGAACCGGUUGCGGGGAAACCCCGUCUGGCUCACGCGCUCUGCGACUACACCCCCCCUCAGACCGCCCAUCUCCACUUCCUGCGUGGUGACGUCAUCGACCUGCUGGACUGCUCGAGCUCUCUGGCCUGGAGAGGGCGCUGUCGAGGCCGAGUAGGAAUAUUUCCACCGGAAUACGUCCAGCCGCUGUACCACUGACGACAUAUCAAACUGGAGUGACUUAUUAGGCUAAUAAUUGAUCAAUGCACCGGCAGAUAAUUAAUUGAACCCAAUUUUCAAUAUUGGUUUGAAGGGCCUCAAGGUGUAUUUUCUCAAUCAGCUUACAGUUUGUGUUAUUUCACAUGAGAAAUUCGGUAUUUAACAAUAAUCAUAAAUACUGAAAGUGGAACUUUUGGUUUUGGGAAUAUCUACUGCAUAUGUGAAACUAGUUGUAUAAAGCCUUUUGUGGCCCCAGAGAGAGCUGUGCAAAAGCUGCUAAAUUUCCUCAAGUGAUGUCACUCGAGUCAGCGUCAGGCUGAGAAUUUUUUUACCAGACCUUUGUAGCUCGCUCCUCAUCUCUGCCUGAGGCUGGCGGCGGAGCAUAGCCCAAAAUAGCAUUUUGGGUAAUGUAUGCGCCAGGUUUUGACAAAGAAGAAGAAUACGUCGAAUAAAAAAAGAAUAAAUAUCUUGCUCUGCUGCACUGACUUUGAUUCAGUCCAUUAAAAGUGCAAUGCUGAAUUUGUGCACUACUCCUUCAGGUGGUAUGAAGCAAAAAUGCCAAAUAUUUAUUGGUUCCUACCAUUUAAAUUUUAGGACUUGUUUCUUUUCUCUUUCCUAUAUCAUUAACAACUGAAUACCUUUGGGUUUUGGAGUGUUGAUUAAACACAACAGGCAACUCAAAGACGUCAUCUUCUGUGGGUUUUAUAUUAUUCUGACUUAUCAUUAACUAAAAAAGGAUUUGAUAGAUUAGUCAAUAAUGAAGAUACUCUUUGCGGCCCUACAGUGAACCGUUACAACUUGUCCUCUGAGUCCUAAUGACCUCC